UCACGUUACCAUAGCAACAUGCUAUUGUUCUGUAGUCGUUUAGAAGUCUCUCAAAAUGGCUCUAUAUAUGUAGCUUACUCGGCGCUAAAUCUUUCUGCAAACAACACAUAAUUGCACAGUAUUUAGCGAUGGAGACAGAGGUGGACUCAGACUAUGCAAAGCUUAGUCGGGAGGAGACUUUUCGUAGGGAGAGCGCUUGUGUUGUGGCGAGGGUUACAGAAGCCUUUUCGGUUAAAAGUUUACAAUGGCAGAGCGAGCCAACUGGUGAUAAACUACGCGAGGAAAUCACUAAAAUGUCGGAGAAGAAAGCCAAAGAGCUGUUCGAAAAAGAUGAAGACAGAAAGCGUUGGAUUGAUUCUAUUCGCAAGUCAGUCGAACAGAAUUUACAGACACAAGUCAGAGCUGCGUUAGGAACACCACCGGAGGAAAAGAAGAAACGGCAGUAUUUAAAGAAAGUCGAAGAGGAACGUAAACAAAUCAACGAGAAAGCUUUGAAAGAAAGGACGGCAGAUUUAAAGUGUAGGAAUUCAACAUACGAGGACUAUAAAGAGGAUUAUUUAAGACGGAGGCAGCAGAAUGUACCGAACUAUGAUUAUAGCGCGCGCGUAAAGUCAACUUAUUCUGAGCAUCCUAACAGAAAUCUUGCGGCAAAUCUAGACCCUUUCUCGAGUGAAUACAACAAGUUCUUUAGUCCGUAUACCAAGGCGGCUUUGGAGAACACAAGCACGGGUAAUAUAGCCCCUGCGAAGGUGCUGGAACUGUACAAACGAUCGCCCCCAUCGACAUGGAUAGACUCGCAAGGAAAGGAACACGAUGUCCCCGGACCAUUUUGGCCGAAAGAUCACACACCUCUCCUCCCUUCUCAGAGCCACGUUUCUAAGGUUCCGAAUACAAUCGAGCCCCUGAACUCCAUGGAGGAAAACGUUCGGCAUGUGGAAAGCAAGGAUAACUUAGAGCUUUUCCCACGACCAUGGAGAGGGUCCAUGGUGGUUUAUGACAGAACAGUGCUAGAGCCAUGUUCACCAGCUCCUGCAACUUGUCCGCCACACCUGAAGUUUGAGUCUCGAUUUGAAUGUGGCAACUUGCAGCAAGCAAAGAGGAUUGGAAGAUAUGAGUAUGAUCUGGUACUAAGCAAUGAUCUCUACACCAAGAGGCACACCCAGUGGUAUUAUUUUCGUGUGGAGAACAUGGUUCCAGGAGUGACAUACAAGUUCAACAUCAUUAAUUUACUAAAGCGCGACAGUUUGUACAAUUAUGGUAUGAAACCUUUGUUAUACUCAAGCAAAGUUGCUGAGGACUCUAGUAUUGACUGGCAACGAUCUGGUCAUCAUGUGAACUAUACCAGAACAGUGAACAACAAAAAUGUGCUUCUAAGUCGUGACCUCAUCUACUUCACCUUGACCUUCCAAGUGGAAUUUCCCCAUGCUGGCGACACAUGUUACCUUGCACACUGCUAUCCAUACUCGUACUCCGAUCUGGAACGGUACCUAAUGUCUCUGGUGGAUAACCCCCUCACCUCACAGCACGUAAGGAGAGAGGUCCUCUGCAAGACUAAGGCAGGAAAUAAUUGCUACGUUUUGACAAUAACAUCAUCACAAGUUCCUGACAGAGAUAAGUUGGGCGUGGUGAUCAGUGCGCGAGUCCACCCUGGAGAGACGAAUGCCAGCUGGAUGAUGAAGGGUUUGCUAGACUACCUCAGCAGUAAUGACAAGGUAGCUGAGAGCCUUCGGCAGAAAUUUGUGUUUAAGAUCGUACCAAUGUUGAAUCCUGACGGAGUAAUAGUAGGGAACUAUAGAACCAACCUGGCCGCUAGGGACUUGAACCGAACUUACAAAGAUCCUAAAAAGGAAAGCUUCCCGACCGUGUGGUACACGAAAAACAUGUUGGAAUCAUUCAAAAAGAACCAUGAGGUUAUAAUCUACUGCGACUUACAUGGGCAUAGCCGUAAGCCUAAUGUGUUCAUGUAUGGCUGUACCGCCGACCCAAAGGUGUACUCUAGCGCCAGUUUCCUGGAAGAGAGGCUUUUUCCUUGGAUGAUGUCACAAAAGGCUCCAGACAAGUUCUCUUUUCAAGGCUGCAAGUUUCUGGUUCGCAAGUGUAAGGAGUCAACAGCCCGUGUAGUCAUGUGGCAACAACUGGGAAUCAUGAACAGUUUCACGAUGGAGGCCACAUUUUGCGGCUCAAACUUCGGUGAUAUGGAGGGAGGCCGUCACUUCAAUACUCGGGAUUUCGAGGACAUGGGUCGUCAUUUCUGCGAGGUGUUGCUGGAGUACUCCGAGGCCAAGAGCGCAAAUAGAAACGAAAUGACCCAAGCAUUUAUCGAGCUUGCCUGCAAAAUGACUCGAGAUAUACUUCGCCAGACUCUCGGUAGCUACCGAACACUGAGUGACCCCCAACCACCUGACGAAAAAACGACAGAAAAAUCCGAAGACGAGCCGACAAUCACUCUCCAGUCGCUAAACAACGGAACAAGUGAGGCGCUGACCAUAAAACCGCGGGCUCGGGGAGUAAAUUUUGUGGAUGUGGACGUGCGGAAAGCCCAAGGCGCAGAGCCUGAUGGAAAGGGGUAUGACGUGUCCGUGAAGAGUGUCCAUGUGGAUUCGUUUAACGACUGUCUCAAGAUCUUGGAGGGACUGAACUUGGUCGAUCGAUACGAAGAGUCCGACUCAAGUGAUUCUGAUAGCGAAGACGAGGACUCUCUACAAAACGGAGAAAAUGACCCGAAAAACAGCAAAAAUAGUGAGGGAAAAAGAAAAAAGAAGAAGAAAAAGAAAAAGCAGAACUGGUGGGAUACAUUGUCGUCUGUCCAGGAAGGCAACAAGAACAAGUCAGCCGAAGAAGAGGCGAACAAGAACAGCAGCGAGGGAUCAAGCCCUCGAGGCCAUGAGUGGAAGCUCACUAAGAAAAUCAAGACUAAUUUUGGCAAGUUUGUCAACCCGUACGCCAACCGCUUCAACAACGGUAUUCCGACCUACUCCGAGGAGCGGAGCCUCGAGAGGGCACGAAGGAAGGAGAAGGAACGCGCAGCCGAGGAGCGUGAGAAGCGGCAACUUGAAGCACAGUUUGCGACUGAAGAUCCCCUGGGGGUGGUGGAGGGACCGAUGUUUGCGUUCGCUGAUGACACGGAGUUGAAUUUCGUGACCGCUCAGCGCCGCCUGACAUACUACAUGAUGAACCAGCGGUCUCACGCCAAACAACACGCCAUUAGUUCCCAGUACACCGGCAAGCGUAAUCUGACCGUGCUACCUAGUCAGCGGGAGACUCUACAGGUUGACUCGGUGAAGAUGGACAGUCUACCUGGUGGUGGUUAUGGCUUCGCGAUGCGCUUUCCUUCGCGGGCACAAGGCUCCGUUCUACCCGAUCACCAAUCACCAGGCAACAGUGCCAGACCUCUCUCGCUUAAAAGCUUCGAAGAGGCGCGAAGCCCUGGGGCGAGGACACCCGAGUUCGUGGAAGUAGCCGCUGACGAGAUGAUCGCGCGGGCGCCUACUGAAUCAAGUAGUCCUUAUACUCGUUACCCUAGUUACAAAAGAAACAAUAAGUCAGAGUCCCGGAUGGACCUGGAGACGAUGUUCCGGCUCGUAAACAACCCAAGCCAAAAUAUCCCACAACGGGAUAGAAAUCGGACACCGGCCGAAUUAUCGCCAGAGAAACCGGGCAAAAGACUUGAUCGGACGCAGAGCGAACACGUUUUCCCCAACUACCGGACCCCUGGGGAAGAUUCGUUCGCUUUGGCGAAAAGGGCCCAUGAGCUGCGAAGAAGGACCCACGACGGGAGCACCCCAGCGAUACGGUCCCCUGCAAGGGUCAUCGACAGUUCGUUCAGUUUGACGAGUCACGAUGGGUCGCCGGAGUUAAUAGCACCAGACGUGAUUCCGUCGUAUUCUUUCGUGUCGUCCCGAAGACCUGAACGCAGCCCGAACAGUGUACGAGAACCCCGUUGGCUCUCCUAAAAGUUCGAUUGCCGGGGUAUUGCUGUGGUUCACUUGUUGUUUUGCCAAAUGGUUGCCACAGAGCUUAUUAUUUAAUAGUUAACUGCCAAGAUUUCUGGCUUAAAAGAGUAUUAUAUUUUCAAAAUUGAUCAGAAUUUAUUUAUUGUAAACACAUCUGUGAGACAGACUUUUAUAUCAGUCCCCUUCUGUCACAUAUUUUAUAUCUACAUAUUAUCAUAUUCCAACUAUUUGUACACUGUUUGGUACCGCUGUGUUGCUGAGUAUUAAUUCUACAUGCCCAUAACACGUUCUAAAACAAGAUAUUUAUGAUAUAUUGAAAAAAGUAUUAAAUAAAUCCUGUCAUUUCAAUACAAUUUUCAUAGAAUUCCUAAUAGGGACAAAGCUCACGUCUAUUAUUCACGCACAUAGUCCAUCGUUUUAAAUAAAUAUACAUUAACCAUA